CUUUGGGCAGUGGGCAGGCGGGUGCCAACGGUUUUGAGUGUAGCGAAGGGCGCGAGAGGGGAGGUCUAGGUCUUUCCGGAUCCGGGCUCGCGCAGGGGGCUAUCCGUGACAGAUUGGGGGGCUGAAGACCGGAGGUGUGGGAUAGUCGGAACGGAGUAAUUAAGUUUGCACGUUCUGGGUGUGAGAACUUAAGAGCUGAACUGACCAGUGAUAGCCUGUGCCAGAAGUUGAUCUGCACCUUUCAGCACUCCAGAUGAACUUCAGGGGUAUUUUUGUCCCUCACUCACUCCUUGCUGUACCCUCCUUUUCCACAGUUUCCAGGAGCUAUGGAAAGAAAUGGUUUUGCUCUCUCCCAUGACCUGUAGUACCGGUGGGAAUCUUUCCUGUAACCAGAAAGCCUCCAUACCCUUAUUCACCAAGAUUCCUUGGCUUGGACUCUUCCCCCUUUCUCCCAAAUCUUCCUUCUCUGUAUACUCUACCCCCUGGGCUUUCCUAAAGCAGAACCAGAAGUUCCCACCUCUGCUGCCUCCAGUUGUCUCUUUCCUGUACUCAUGGCGACAUCAGCUACCAGCCCUAGUUCACCUCUCCAGGCCGAGGAUCUCUUGAGUGAUUCAUCAGAAGCCCCUGGGCUGAACCAAGUGUCCUCGGAGGUGACCUCCCAGCUCUAUGCUUCUUUGCACCUCAGUCGUCAAGCAGAGGCCACAGCCCGAGCCCAGCUGUAUUUACCCUCCACUUCCCUACCGCCUCAUGAAGGGUUAGACAGCUUGGCCCAAGAGCUGAGCCGCAGUUUGUCGGUUGGAUUGGAGAACAACUUGAAGAAAAAGGAUGGUUCCAAGCAUAUCUUUGAGAUGGAAAGUGUUCGGGGUCAACUCCAGAGCAUGCUCCAAACCUCACGUGAUGCAGCCUACCGGGAUCCCCUUACUCCAGGUGCUGGCUCAGAGAGACGGGAAGAAGACUCCUUUGACAGUGAAAGCACAGCCACCUUGCUUAACACCCGGCCCCUGCAAGACUUAUCUCCAUCCAGUUCAGCCCAAGCCCUGGAGGAGUUGUUUCCCCGCUACACCAGCCUUCGGCCAGGACCCCCACUAAAUCCCCCGGAUUUUCAGGGCCUGAGAGAUGCACUGGAUUCAGAGCAUACUCGUCGCAAGCAUUGUGAGCGUCAUAUUCAGAACCUACAGACCCGUGUGCUAGAGCUUCAGCAACAGUUAGCUGUGGCUGUGAAUGCUGACCGCAAGAAAGAUAUCAUGAUUGAACAACUGGACAAGACCCUGGCCCGUGUGGUAGAGGGCUGGAACCAGCAUGAAGCUGAGCGCACAGAAGUACUUCGGGGACUCCAGGAAGAACGCCAGGCAGCUGAACUCACUAGGAGCAAGCAGCAGGAGACAGUAACCCGCCUGGAACAAAGUCUUUCUGAGGCCAUGGAGGCCCUGAAUCGUGAGCAGGAAGCUGCCAGACUACAGCACCGGGAAAGAGAGAUGCUGGAAGAGGAAAGGCAAGCUCUGGCCUUGAGAUUGGAGCUAGAACAGCAGCAGUCUCGAGCCCUGCAGGAAGAACGGGAUGAGGCUCGUGCUGGGCAGCUCAGUGAGCAUCGACAGUUGGAGACACUUCAGGUGACCCUAGAAAAAGAACGACAGACCUGCAUCCAGCAAGAGCGCCAGUUUAAGGAACGCUACCAGGCACUGCAGGAGGAGGACCAGGCUCAGUUGGAAAGGGAGAAGGGGAACACACAGAGGGAGGCCCAGGCUGCCCGGGAGGCCCAGCAGCAGCUGGCAUCGAUGCAGUCUGAGGUGCGGCGGUUGGAAGGAGAGCUGGAUAUAGCUCGGAGAGAGAGAGAUGCUUUGCAGCUGGAGAUGAGCUUGGUGCAGGCCCGGUAUGAAAGCCAGCGGAUCCAGCUGGAGUCAGAGCUGGCUGUGCAGCUGGAGCAGAGGGUGACAGAGAGGCUGGCACAGGCUCAGGAGAGCAGCUUGCGGCAAGCAGCCUCCCUGAGAGAACAUCACAGGAAGCAGUUGCAGGACCUAAAUGGACAGCACCAGCAGGAAUUGUCCACUCAGUUGGCUCAGUUCAAGGUGGAAAUGGCAGAACGGGAGGAAAGGCAGCAGCAGGUGGCUCAGGACUAUGAGCUCAGAUUGGCCCGGGAGCAAGCUCGAGUGCGGGACCUGCAGAGUAGGAACCAGCAGGUGGAGGAACAGCGGGCCGAGCUGGUAGAGCGACUCCAAGCCAUGCUGCAGGCCCACUGGGAGGAGGCAAACCGACUGCUCAGCACCUCUGCCCUGCCUCCUGACCCCCCAGUCCCUACCACCAGCCCUGGGCCGCACGAACCAGAGAAGGGGGAGAGGAGGGUCUGGAAUAUGCCUCCCAUGGCUGUGGCCCUAAAGCCUGUGUUGCAGCAGAGCCGGGAAGCAAGGGACGAGCUGGCUGGAGUGCCACCUGUUCUCUGUAGCUCCUCCCCAGAUCUUAGCCUCCUGUUGGACCCCACUUUCCAGAGCCAGCAUUCCUUCCAGCCCCUGGAACCAAAGUCAGAUCUCACUGAAUCUUCAGAUGGGGCCUUGCAUCCCAAUCACAGAGCAGAACGGCCAUUACCUGAGGAAGAUCCUGGAUCAGCUGGGGAUGGCUUCCUAAAGCCAGGGCUUCUACCCCCUUCUCAGCUGGAGGGCCUCAAGCAUUUUUUGCACCAGCUGCUGGAGACAGGACCCCAGAACAAUGAGAACCCCUCUGUUGACCUGUUGCCCUCUAAGUCCAGUCCCCUGCCUGUCCCACUUUGGGAGGAAGCCCCUCAGGUGCCACACCUCCCACCCCCUGUCCAUAAAACUAAAGUGCCCUUAGCCAUGGCGUCCAAUCUUUUCCGGGUCCAUGAGCUUCCCUCAACCCAUUUACGGAGCAGUGGCCCCAGCAGUGGCUCCCCAGAGAGAGGUGGAGAUGGGCUCACAUCCUCCAGGCAACUGAUGGAGGUGUCUCAGCUGUUACGACUAUACCAGUCUCGGGGCUGGGGGGCAUUGCCUCCUGAGGACCUGCUGCUCUACCUGAAGAGGCUGGAGCAUAGCGGGACUGACGGCCGAGGGGAUAAUGUCCCCAGAAGGAACACAGACUCCCGCUUGGGUGAGCUCCCCCGGAAAGAGGCUCUCCCUCGCCGCCUUGCCACAGUUCCUAGGAGUGAAAAACCUCCGGCACGCAAGAAAAGUGGGCACCCUGCCCCUGGUAGCGUGAGGAGUCGGGCAGGAAUCUGGAGAUAAGCCCCUUGGCCUUUCUUCUCUUCUUUGUUCUCUUCUUAUUACUAUUUUAAUAAAUGCUCAGUAGUCUGUAUUAGAGUCCGUGACUCAGGGAUUUGGCAAAUGGAGGUUUUAUAGGAAACUACUUUGUAAAGAAACCUCAUUUUAUUCUGUUGGAGUAUGUUUUUUUAUGUUAUGUUCCUAUUUUAUAUUAUGUGGAAAAAGACAUGAAGACAGUCUUAUGGCUAGAUUGGAGAAGUUUUAAUGAGCCAUGUUUCAAUGUUUUAAGAGUAUAACCCACAGAGUAAUUAGCUUUGGUUGGUAGUAUCAUUUCAAAUGAUUUUUAUUUUCUUUAUAUAUUCCUGUGUUUUCCAAAUUUUCUAAAACAAGCAUGUAUUAUUAAUCAGAAAAAACCAAACUUUUAAUAAAAGAAUAAGUUAUAUAAAGAAUUUGAGUAAAAAUUUGAUUGUUGGAGAGACAGAUUUCUCCUUUCAGAGCAGACAGUUAUUUGAGAUUGCAUUAGUAAGACUCUGGGAGAUUCCACCCCACCCAGCAGACAUUAUGGCUGCGGUGUUCACCCUCGGGUUUUAUGACGUGUAUAGAAGACUAGAGUGCUGGCAAGAGAAAUAAAGCCCAUGAUUACAAAAAAUUCCUUCCUAAUACUCACCAAAAUGAACAAAGAGAAACAAUAUUAGAGAAGAAAUGGCAUCUAUGUGAAACUAAGAAAUGCCCCAGCUUCACAGUACAAACACUGACAAACACACCAUGCAGCUUACAUCACAACGAAGGGUGAUGCUGCAGGACCCACACCCGGCUUUCCAGCCCUGCAGCUCAGGGCAGGGCAGUGAUGGUGGUAAGUACAGUUCUGAAGGGCCUGACCCUAGGUGUUUGAGGGACAGAGUUUACUAGAUUCCCUGAGGUCCUUCUACUUGCUCCUGAAUUAUUUGGUUAGAUCCAGAAUAGACAUGAUAGAGUAUACGCUCACAUAGUAUUUCAUAUUAAUAAAUGUUUGUCUUAUUUCCUUCUACCUAAAAGUAACUUUGGAGCCCCUGGGAAAGGGAAAAGGGAAGAAGAGAUAAACACACAACUCCGGCCAGGACAGUGGUUGCUGGUCUCACUCAGGACAACCCUCGCUGGCUGAGAAAAAAGAGGUGAACUUGCACAGGAGCAGCACCAGGCUCAGAAGACUUUUCAAACUCUGUCUCUUCACCCACCUAUGGAAACAUUUGCUUUUCUAUUUUUUACCUCAAGUGCAUAAAAUUUAUUUGACCAAACUCUUUGACUUACAGCACAGUAUCA